UGACGAUGAUUCCCAUUGGAUGUCAAAAUACCGCUUCGCGAGGUAAAUAAAGAGCACGCGAACGUUAGUAAAAUAACAGCAUUUAUACCACGAUUUCAUGUAAAAAGUUACAAAAAAAAAUCAUAGAAAACAAUGAUCGCUCUGGUGGACGCUCCGGUUUUGCCGGGAUUCCGUGUGGACGAAGCCAUCGAAAUUGCCAAAUCGAACAGGAAGGUUGUACUGGGACCGGGACUGCGUCAAGAUAAAGACGAUGCUGUGCUGGUGUGCAAAAGUGGUGUCCUGCGAAAGAAAGCGCCCAACACGUUCUGGGUCGAUUGCUACCAGAAGCGGUACGUUCCAAACCGAAGUGAGAUCGUAGUGGGAAUUGUAACGCAGAAAGCUGGAGACAUCUUCCGGGUGGAUAUUGGCGGUAGCGAACCGGCCUCGCUGUCCUACCUGGCGUUUGAAGGUGCCACCAAGAAGAACCGGCCGGAUGUCAACGUGGGCGAUGCCAUUUGUGCCCGAUUGCUCAUAGCCAACAGGGAUCUGGAACCGGAACUGAUUUGCGUGGACUCCCACGGAAAGAAGGGCAAGCUGGGAGUGCUACACGAUGGCUUUGUGUUCAACUGCAGCAUCAAUCUGGUGAGGAAAAUUCUGAAUCCUAAAUGUGCCUUUCUGGAUUUGUUGGCGAAAGAAAUGGCAUUCGAGAUGGCCGCUGGAAUGAACGGGCGGAUAUGGAUUAAGGGGAAAACAGUGAAGGAAACCAUCGCGGUCGGAAACGCCAUUUUGGCCGUUGAAUUCAAAUCGAAUGAAGAACUGAAAGAGUUGUGUGACGAUAUUGGCAGCUAUGUUGCUGGAUUUUCGUAGAUGAAUAAGAGUUUAAAUGACAAAUCA